CAGUUUUCGGCUGGCACAGAAGAAGUUUUGUUGUUUGGGUGUUACUUGAUGCUGUCCGAACACAUUUGCAUGAUUUUGUGAAGUUUAAAGUAAUACUGCGUAUAACAUUAGCUGAAAUGAGUCAUCAACCGAGUACAUCUUCAUCAUCCUUAUCAACACCUGCUAGACCCAGUACAGGAGAUGUGAAGGAAUUCAAUUUCAGAUUCCCUCUGAAUCAACGGAAGAAGUACAGUGUGAUGCAAUUCAACAGAAAUGACAAUGUUGAUCUCUCCAAAUGGAAGCAGGCUAAGAUGGAACGAGAGAACAACAAGAUCCACUACAAGACAGACCUCGAUGACCUCCCAAAGUUUGGGGCCGGGAGUGAGUUUGGUCGUGAGAGGAAAGAGGAAGCAAGGCAGAAGAAAUACGGCAUCAUCGCACAGAAGUACAAGGAGGAGGAUCAGCCAUGGAUUCUCAAACAGGGAGCAGCUGAUGGAAAAACGGCUAAAAAGUAUCGUGGAAGGAAGGAGGGAAGGAUAAAUGAGAACUCUAGUUACUUCAUCCUCUCUCAGCUGGCUGAUGGAACGUUUGAGGCGUACCCUGUUGACUCCUGGUAUAACUUCACAGCGAUGCAGACGUAUAAGACGCUAAACGCAGAGGAAGCAGAGGAGGAGUUUGGCAGGAGAGACAAAACGAUGAAUUAUUUCUCGGUGAUGGUGCAGAAGAAACUCAGGGACUCAAAGGAGGAAGAAGAGAUAGAGGAACAGUCAUCUAAAUCAAAAGGCUCUGAUCUUACCCUAAUGGAGGAUGAUUACUUCUUAUCAUCUGGGGAAGAGAAUGAGGAUAGCGAUGAUGAUGGUGGUGGAGGAGGAGGUAAAUCCAAGUCUAAAAAGAAGGUGAAAGGCAAAGAUAAGAAGACGACCAAGAAGAGACCUAAGAAGAAAGAUGUAGACAGUGAAGCUGAGGAAGAGAGUGAUGAAGGUGACUUUGAUGGCAGGGAGUUUGAUUAUAUCUCAGAACAAUCAAGUGAUGAUGAUGAGAUGGAACUUGCCAAAACAGACAUCAAAGGUUUAGAUCAAGAACUCCAACAAUUGGAAGAAGAGGAAGAUGAUGAGGAAGAAUCGAAAGAAGAUAACAAAGAAACCAAAGAGGGCGACAAACUUAACGAAUCAAAAGAGAGCAAGGGCAAAGAUAGUGAUGAGAGUAGUUCUGACAGCUCAGGUUCGGACAGCGACAUCGAUGAGAAGAAUAUACAAUCUGCAAUGCUUCUUCAGAAGAAACAUGGUCGAAAAUCAAAUGAAAAGACGCCCUCUAAGUCAGGUAGCGGGAGCCACAGUAGAUCACAGACGCCUACCGUACCAGACAAUUCUCAAACAGAUACUACGUUAUCAGAUGCAGCUAUGAAACUUGAAAAUAAAGAUGUAUCAAGUAAGAAGAGAUUGAACCCCACUGAUUCACCUGCUACUAAGAGACCAAGGACGGAGAGUCCUGUUCCUGGUUCAUCAUCAUCAUCAAACAAGACAGCAUCUGGUCAUGUGCCCUUGACAGAGGAAGAGGUAAAACGAUACUUAAUGAAGAGACCUAUGACCACCAAAGACUUACUAGUCAAGCUGAAUCCCAAGAGGACUGGACUUCCUAAAGAACAAAUCGAGACCAAGCUGGCUGAGAUUUUGGGCAAGCUUGCACCAGAGAAGAGGAAAAAGGAUAAAAAGAUCUACUGGUUUAUCAGAGAACAUUCCAAAUAGUGACGGUUUUCAGAUGGUGGUUCCAUGGACAGUGAUCAGAAAACAAGCAGGAAUUUGGUGUUCCUGAGAAUCAGGGGUUGUGUGAGGUUGCAUAAGCCUUUCUCGGGAAAUAGUCAUUGAUAGUGAUGCAUAAUUUCUGGCAUCAUCAUUGCUGACAAAAGGAGAAUCAUGAUCAGGAGUAGUGUCAUCAUCACCAUUAUCAUCACCUUCAUUAUCAUCAUCAGAAGCAGUAUCAUUGAUAUCAUUAUCAUCACCAUCAU